AUGGCCUCAAUGUCGGCUCUGCCGCAGCCGUCACGGCCGGCCACCAAUCCGCCGACGGGGUCCCUCCCACCGCUCCCCAAACCCAGAAAGACCAGCACAGCUUCACCUACAGACGCGACACGGGCUGCAUCUCCCGCCUCGAAACUCCGAGCACCCUCCAGCCCGAGACCGUCCCUGGUCAAAUCCCCUUUAUCCAACUCGAACUCAACUUCCAACCUCAACGCGGCCCGCUCAGUAUCCACCGGACGUGGACCAAGCAGUCCCGACAAAACACUCCGCAGGACUAUCAGCAUUGCAUCGUUCCCGCAACCACCUAAACCUGCUACGGUCCCCACUCCCGCCGGAGGUGGGAAAGCAAAAAGAGGAUCUCGAUUGAGCACGGGCACUACUAGUAGCUUCCGGAGCUCGAAAACUCCCUCAUUGCUCAACGGUAGUGGAGAUGGGAAGUCAAUCCUGAGCUCGGAUGCGCGAGAUCUCGAUGCCUCGCCCGCCCACAGCAGAAGCUCCUCCGCCCAGGGCUCCUGCUCUACCAGUGCGACCACGUUUGAAGAUGGAGAUGAUACGGCCACCGCGGGCAAGACGAAUUCGAAACCGAAGGAAAUCAAGGGCAAUGUCCUUGUCAGUGUCCGUGUUCGCCCCGAGGCCAACACUGGCAGCGAAACCCCCAGAACCCACGGGGAAUGGGCCGUGGAUGGACGCCAGAGCCUCAUUUCCUACCGAGGGAAAGAAGGCGGCGAAUACUAUUAUGACAAUGUGUUUACUGCCAACGAGAAUAAUGCAAAAGUGUACGAUUCGGGUGCAAAGCGUCUUGUUCGGCGAGUUAUGGAAGGUUACCAUGGAACUGUCUUCGCAUACGGUAUGACGGGGACAGGAAAGACAUUCUCCAUGCAGGGUACUGCGACCUCACCCGGAGUGAUUCCGCUGGCCAUCACCGACAUUUUCUCAUUCAUUCGAGAAACUCCACAUAGGGAGUUUUUGCUGCGGGUCAGCUAUCUCGAGAUCUACAACGAGAAGAUCCACGAUCUGCUCUCCGCGUCCAUGACCGCCAAUGGGACACCAGCGCCCCAACAGGAAGAAAUUAAACUGCGCGAAGACAGCAAACGCGGUGUCUACGCGUCGCCACUCAAGGAAGAGAUUGUGCAAAGCCCCACGCAACUGCUCCGGGUAAUCGCACGAGGAGACCAUGCGAGACGGACGAGCAGCACGCAGUUCAACGCGCGCAGCUCCCGAAGUCACGCGGUGGUUCAGAUCGUCGUCGAGAGUCGAGAGCGCGCUCCUACAGGCAACUCUCAAGACAAGCGAGCGGGGAUCGCCCCCGGUGGUGUACGGGUGUCGACGCUGAGUCUGAUCGAUCUUGCUGGUUCAGAGCGAGCGGCCGAUGACAAGGAGCGCCGCACCGAAGGUGCCCAUAUCAAUAAGAGUUUGCUCACUCUAGGAAACAUCAUCUCCCGACUAUCCGACAACAAGGACAAGCAGGGCAAUCCAGCCGACCGAGAAGGCCGCCAUCUCCCAUACCGUGAUAGCAAGUUGACUCGACUGCUGCAACCCGCCCUGUCCGGCAAUUCCCUCGUCAGUAUUCUGUGCACAAUCCAAUGUGCAACUGGCGUCAAUGCGCACACGGGAGAGACUUUGAACACGCUCAAGUUCGCCGCGCGAGCGAAAAACAAUAUCGUCAGCCAUGCCAAAAAGGCCGAGGAAGCGUACGGUGCCGGUGGCGGCGAUGGGAGUCGCGUCUUGCUGGAACGGUACCGAAUGGAAAUCCAGGCUCUGCGUGGCCAGCUGGACACGCAAUCCAAGGAUCAAGCCGAGAAAGAGCUCAAGCUGGAGGCGGAACAAUACGAAAAGGAAGCGCAGACUCGCCACGAUGAACAGGUGUUGGAGAUGCAGCUAGCACGAACGGCGCUUAAGGAACGGAUCGAACACCUCAAUCGUCUCAUUCUGAGCUCCAAAUCGACCGGCGUGAACAGCCACAAUAGCCUUUCUGCAUUUGGACGGCUGUCUGGUCUGUCCACAGGGACUCGGUCUCUGCGUUCUUCCGCCAGUCAGUCUACCUUGGGUGCCGGUCAUUCGUCCAUACGACCUAUCUCUUUCAUGUCGGUCAAUAGCAAUGAUCCCUCCGUUUCUAUGCCAUAUUCCGUCAAUGAGGACGACGAUGACAUGGGCGAAUUCGGCGAUGGCAGGGCAAGCCUGCAGCGGCAGGUUUCUGCACUGCAAGCCGAUCUGGGCGAUAAGAAUCGAUACAUCUCGACUUUGGAACGCCGGCUGCUCCAAGCCCGGCGGUCCAGCCACUCCCGCAUAUCGGUGGGCAUGAAAGCCAACAACCCCAGCACCAUCUCCGAGCACCCUGAUAUGACGGCCCUCCUCCGCGAGAAGGAUAUGGAGAUCAACGAGCUUCGCCUGCAGCUCGAUGACAAAGACCGGAUGCUUACUGCUCUCCGGUCCGCAACGCGGCAUCGAGAUCUGGCCGUUGUGACCAACGAGUCUCAAUCGCCAACGGAACUGAAGAGCAAAGUGAACUCACCCUCGGACGCCGAUGGGUCCACCCCAGCAACGAAUGGCAUGAUGGGUAAGGCUGUGAGUCCAAGUGCAGCUUCCCUGAAAGAGAAAGGACAAGAGAAGGAGAAAGAAAAAGAAAACGAGAAGGAAGGCGAUAAGAAGAAAAACAUGGACGAAGUCUCCCGAAUGCUGGAUGAAAUGAUCCAGGGUCGAGUUGUUAGCGGCCAAUCGGACAGUGGCUCUCGUGGAAGCAUCCACGUCACUGGCGGCGGCAGGCGAGAAUCUGCGUCCGCGGAAGUUGCUGCGCUCAGGUCGUCGCCCUUUGAGAAGCCGGUCCCUGGAGCACAGGCCAUUGGAGAGAAGGGUACGGGGGAGAAGAAGACCAUUGAGGAGAAGACCACGGAGGAGAAGACCAAUGGGGGGCAGGCCACAGGAGAGCAGGCCGCCGAGGAAAAGGCCGCUGCUUCUCCCUCGUCAUGA